CCAGCCCAGGUCCAGAACAGAGACCCAUGAAUCCAUCCAUGCUCCCCAUCCCUUGCCGGUGAGUGAGAGAUGCUGUAUUUGCCAAGGCUUCGAUGCGGCCACUUCUCCUCAGCGAUCCAGCGCGGUGAUCGGACCCCUGCGUGAUAGCGACGCCGCCGACGACUGUUCGUGUCUUAGCCGCCAUCACAACCGUCUUGCCUCCGUAGCAGCAGCUGGGACCUCGCCGUCAAUGCCCUCCCUCGCCCAGCAGCCCGAAUCCGCAACCUCCAUAGGUUGCCGCCGCUUUAACCGCAGCUGACACCUCGUCUGUCUCAUCGUACCGCAGCUCCAGCUCUUUUCAUUUCCCCGGUUUCAAUUUCAACCCCACCUGUGAAGAUCCGGUUGAUACUUAAACCUGGAACACCUACCCGUGUGACCGCGUCGGCUUAGGUUGCAUGCGGGCCCUCUGCCUCUGAUCAUAAAUGAUCUGGAUUGAAUUCUGACUCCGCUGCCUUGUUCCCUGGUGAUCGAGUACUCCAGCUCGAACGUAAUGUUUCUGCUUCCGCUGCCUUUGCCACUGCAUGAGCUAGACGAUUUCCUAACUUGGGAGUCCAAGUCAUUCCUUUUUCAGUUAAACGGGUAAAUGGAUUGGCCCAAGAAUUCAGCCGGCCCUACUCUCACAACCACACUCACUUCCGCUGCCUCACCUUCAUUCUAUAGUCUGUCACUUCUUCUCUUUCUCUCAAGCCUCAACUCUCGCCUCUCUUUCUCUCAUCACACUCAGGUUUUGAUUCUGUGAAUCUCUUCCUCGCCUUCCAACUGUCGCAAGCCCCUGACUCUGUCAAUCUCUCCUUGGUUGCCGCACUGUGUCGCUCCUCUGCUUCCCUCCGUCGUUGCCGCUCCCGCUCCCGCUGCCGCUGCCGCUGCCGCAGCCAUCUAUAGGUACUAAUGCUCCUAUGAUCAUGCUAUCUGCAAAGCUUUGAUAUUCCAUUGACAUCAGUGACGAAGUGGAGAAUACUUUUUUAGUGUAUAUGUACUUGGUAACAAAUAAUGCUGUUGAGACAUGUACCAACUGUUGGUAAUCUCCUUGAGGGAAUUAUACAAGUUCCUGUUGCCCGACUCAAAGGCAUAAAUAGGCAUUUUGGUGUUUCGUACUCAACUUUGCCUACUUGCAAUGAGCUGCCAAGAAAGCUCAAGAAGUCUGAGAGAAAACCACCUGUGAGAAGUUUUAAUGAGCUAAAGCGUGAAGCUAGACUGAAGAGAAAGAAAAGACAAAAUGCACGUGAGAUUAUUUUACAACCUCCUGAAAAUGGUUUGUUGGUUGAACAUUUAGUUCCUGUUGCUGGUGAAGUUUAUGCUGCAAGAACUGAACUAUUAUCUACUGUUUCAAGACUUAUCAAGUAUAUUGCUAUUUAUACAUGCAGCUUAUGCGGGGAAGUUCAUGUUGGCCAUCCACCCCAUAAAAUUAGAACUUGUAACGUUCAAGGAAGCCUUUCAAGCAAAGAGCAUGCUUGGGUCAGAGGAGGUAUCCAACAUGUUCUGCCACUUGUCGAGUCAUUUCAUUUGUAUGACAGAAUAGGGAGGGCUGUUUCACAUAAGGAAAUGCUUGAAGUUGACCGAAUUCCAGCGAUUGUUGAAUUAUGUGUCCAGGCAGGCUUUGACAUACCUGAAUACCCCACCAGGAGAAGGACUUUUCCUGUCUACUCCAUUGCUGGCAAGAUGAUUGAUUUUGAGAAACGGUUCCCAAAAGAUUUUUCUCUUGGAGAAGAUAUAGAUGCAUGUGGGUUUCGGUAUAACAGAAAGAGAAUGGAUAAAGACACACAUCCCGCGGAGCUAUAUCCUAAUGAUAUCAAAGCCAUUGCUGUUGGAGGCAUGAAAGCCUGGGAGAAAAUGUGUAGUGGAUCCUCAAAACUGAUGGAAACAUAUGCUGUCCAAACUUGUGGAUAUUGUCCAGAAGUACAAGUUGGACCAAAAGGUCAUCGAGUUCGAAAUUGUCAAGCUUACAAACACCAAAUGAGGGAUGGGCAGCAUGCAUGGCAGGAAGCUAGAAUUAGUGAUUUGGUACCACCAGUAUAUGUCUAUCAUGUUCAAGAUCAACAAAAUAAUAAGCCUUUGGUGAAUGAGUUAAGGAGAUACUACAUUAUGCUGCCUGCAGUGGUUGAAUUAUUUGCACAGUGUGGAGCACCAUUGGAACCGAAAUAUGCAGGCGCGAUGAGGGAUGUUGUAAUCCCAGAAAUGGAUGAGGAAAAGUGGGUGGUUUAAAGUAAUGGGUUGGAUGGCGCCUGAAUCCUAUGUAUGGAGUAAACUAUUUCGGCACUGAAAGUGUCUAUUAGCAAAGACCAAUAGGAAAUUUUGACUUGAUAUUUUAGCAUAUGAGAAAAUCUUGAGAGAGAAAAUUAGAGUGAAAGUACGUUUGAGCUGAAACAAAUACUGAUCUCGCUAGUACAUGUUGCUGUUGGGUUGCACAAAAGUCAAUUUUUAGGGUUUUAUAGGAGUAUAUAAGGAGAUGCUAGAAUUAGGGUUUUUAGACUUUUGAGGUGAUGCCAUCAUUGAUGAGGAUUGUGAGUAGGGAUGGCAGCAGGUAUCCCAUGAAUAGGGAUGGGAACAUCGGGAUCGGCUGGAAAUGGAACAAAGUGGAGGUUGGUUUCAAUGAAGGAGAGGGAGAGGGUGAUUAACCACCAGUUGAGAGAAUGAAAGAGCCAUUUGAUUUCAUACCCCAACAAAACAAUUCUUUGUAUUUGGAUGAAGAAAACUGGAGGGAACAACACACAAGCUUUGGAACCCGAUGCUUGUCUGCCUCAGCUUUCAACCACUUGUGCUCUUCAUGCUACCACUUCCUAGUUCGGAGCUACAUACACUAGUAACCAUAACUAAUAUUACUGCUUCUUUCAGAUUGAUUCAUGGUUGCAAUCAAUAAUGAUACCUUGAUGUACCAGAAAAUUUUAUUGUAGGGUAAAAGUUAGUAACAUAGCGUUACAUUGCACAGAUAUGGCUACUUUGUUAAAGUACUCGUACCGGGUAUGGAUACGUGUUGAAUACAUGUUAGGAAUGUUCGAAUACGCACUAUCAAAAAGAUAAUUUUUGGACAUCUUCUGGGUACGGCUAAGCCGUAUUUUAUAUCGACAUAGAGAAAGUGUAGUGUUUUUGGAGAUUUUUUAACCUUUUGUUUUCAGGGUCAUUUAAUUUUUUAUUUUCCAUGAUAGCUUAACCUUGCUAACAUAUCAGAAUGAAAAAUGACCAUUAGUCUCACGCUCCAACCUCUGUAACGGUGUGUUGUCCAAUCCUUUCACUCCGUUGCCAGAAAGAAGACCGGUGACGAUGACCACGAGAGAACCAAACCACGAGCCACGGGUGAUAGAGCAUAAUAGCACCCAACCCAAACGCCAGGCAACAAAACGACGUGAGAGAGGCAAUGCAACAGAGAGCAAGCAGAGCAAUGACUAUCAAGGGCAGGAGAGUGACAAGACAUUGGAAGAAAUAUUCAUAUGUUGGCAGACAAAGCGCAAAGUUAUUUAUCAGAUUCGCGGACGAUCAUAUGAGAAAACACUUGCAGUAUUAGAAGUCAUGCCUUAUCGAGCCUGUGAACUGUGAAGGCAUUAUCAAGAUAGUACUUUCAGCAUGCAGGAGCAAAUGGUAGCAACACUUUGAGUUUAAAAGCAAAGGAAGUUUAGUUAUAAGUAAAGCAGCGGUUAAUGAAUGAAGGACUAUGAAAAGGAUCAGGCCUGUGGCUCGGCAACGAGCUUGUCAAAUAGCAAUCACCGUAAGAGGUUUACCAAGGAUUCGUAGAGGAGUAUAAGAAUGUUGCGAGUUCGGCAUUGUCUAAACUGUGAAAAUUCAAUUUAGUUCUGAAAAUGAAAGAUUUACCUUCAAGAUUUAUGAAGUGUGAACAAUUCUGCUACACCUCUGUUUUGCCCAAAAACGAUAAGAACCUGUUUCGCAUAACUCUUUCUACCCCUGAUGAGGUGUGUCCCGUUUAGCUGGUUUCAAUGCUACACAACAAGGAAGAACCAACCUCAACAGAUUUAAAACCACCCUCAACAAUUUUCUUCAGAUUUUGGGUUCCAAUUUCAUACAUUCUCCUAUGAAGAACUUUUAAUAGCCACCAAGCAUUUUGCUUCCUCCAGGAUACUCGGAAAGGGAAGCUUUGGCAUAGUAUAUCAUGGUAAACUUCAAGAUGGGAGACAGAUUGCAGUCAAAUCCUUGCGCGAAAACAAUGACAAGAAAGUUCAACAGUUUGUCAAUGAAAUAGAAGUCUUAAGCAAAUUGAGCCAUCAAAACCUUGUCCCAUUUUAUGGCUACUGUCACCGCCAUGACCAUGAACUCAUGCUAGUAUUUGAAUUUGUUUCCGAUGGAACUCUGGCCGAUCAUCUUCAUGGAAAGUGUAAGAAACAAGGCACUCUGGUACCCUGGCAUACCAGAUUGAACAUAGCAAUUGAGGCUGCAAGUGCAUUGGCUUAUCUUCAUAAUUCAGGAAUUAUUCACCGCGACAUAAAAUCCUCCAACAUUCUUUUGGAUGAUAACUUGUGCGUUAAGGGUUUGUGACAAGAGUGAUACUUAUAGCUUUGGAGUGGUUUUAGCCGAGAUUAUAUCUUCGUUGCCAGCGGUUGAUGAUACAUGGAAUCCAUAUGAGGUACCAUUACUGUCUCACCUUGCCAUGAACAAAAUCCAAAAUGAAGCAUUGCAUGAGUUGGUGGAUCCAUGCCUUGGUUUUCAACCAGACAAUGAGAUUGGAGAAUCUAUAACUGCUGUGGC